AUUUUUUCGCAGGUUUUUUCUUUUUUUAAUCAAUAUCGGCGAGGCUUUCAGGGAUAAGACAAGGAAUUUUCAGAUAAAGACUGCACAUGAAAACACUGGCCAUUAGUAGCAGGUUCUGUGGCCUUUGCGGCCCCAGCGCCAGCUCCCGGCUCCAGCAGACUCGGCGGCUUGGACACAAAGUGGUUGCCAAUAUCCCAGAGAUUGCGUGGCAGAGCGGGCGCCAACGGCAGCCAGCCGAGUACCGCAAUACCACGCAGCAGCAGAUGCAGCCCCAACAAGAGACCGUCAGAUGCGCGACUGCAGCACUCAACCAUGCUCAUACGACAGCCAGGCGCAGGCACCGGGGGGCAUUCUACGGCGACGCCUACCCCAUGUAUAGCCAGGUUGAGCGGAGUCCCAAGACAAUGCCCCGGUUUGUGCCAGCCACGACGAAACUGCACGACGCACUGGCCAUGCCGAUAGACAGACAAAAGAUCCUGUUCAACCCAUGGACAAUCUUGCUUGAGCUCCUGCAUGAUCCGCGGCUGGAUUGGGAAUUCGAUAACAACAAGCUGCUUAUCGCCAUCGGCCACCUCAACUGGGUGCAUGUGGAUAACCUGGUGGCCCAGCGGCCGCUGUUUGCCAAGUACCUGUUCAGCACCGGCUGCGUGCGCGCUAAAGAAGACGCUUCAACGCAGCUGCCAGACCGGAUCAUGGGACCAGAGGAACGCCAGGGUACUGAUCUCACUCCGCCAAUCCUGUCGAUGCUUGAGCUCCAGGCAGCCUUCAAAAAGACCCGCAUCGUAUUCGGUGCCCGUCUCGGCAUGCGCAAGCAGUUUGGCAUGCUUGUGCGCAGUUCAUUCGACCACUCGCCGGGCCUGGCGCUCAACACCCUGAUGAGCUGGGGCGGCGAGUACACUGAGUUUCUGACUCCCUAUAACGCGAUUCGCCUGACGUCAGCGUACUUUCCCAAUGUCGAGGCUGCGCAGCAGCGGAUUGGCGAGGCCUGGAUGAUGUUUAACCAUUUAAUCUACUGCAAUCGGCAUGCACCGCCACCACAGCACCUUGAUUUGGACACUCCAAUCGACCAACGCAGCCAGCUACGUGGCGGCGGCAGGGGAUAUGCCAGCGACCUGUUCGCGUCUCUGCAAGCGUUUGACCACCAGGCAGAAGCAGCCAGGAUUCUCAGCAGCAUGUACCAUGAGCACCAGACUGGCUGCAGCAAUGAGCCGAGCCACCUACCACUGCAGCUCCCUUGAUCAUGUGCUUAUCGAGCGGUACCUCAAGCUCCAAGCAGGUAGAAACUCCACGGAGAAAACCACCGAUUACAAAUGUUUCAGAUGAUUAGUAAAUGCAUGAUGGCUG